UUCAAAGCGGUUUUGGUUCAAAUGGAAAAACAACAGUCAAACAUUUUCAAAACCAGAUUGAGCAUAAAGAAAAAAUGGACUUCAGUUUUCGGAAAACCAAUUUAAUGAACAGCCCGUUUUCUCCAAAUCCUCGGGGACGCCGCAUUUCUUUAAGCAAAAGCUCCAAUGAACCUCGAAGAAGAGUCCAUAUUAUUAUGAAAACACCAAAAAAUGUAGUUGAACGAUUUGGCCUACCUGUACCUGUCUAUGUUGAAGAAGCCUUUCUAUUUGCAGAUAAAAAUGCAACAAUAACUGCCAAGGUCUCAGAAAAUGGAUAUGCAUGGGUUGUAUGUGGAAGAAAAUUAUUUGUAUGGCAAUUCCAAAACACCCUCCCAGGUAUCUCUCCUAAACCAAAAAGUCAUCCAGUUUGCUAUGAGUUAAAGCUUCCUCAAAGUGAUUUAGCACAUAAAGCAGAAUUAGCAACUGUGUUUGUGAGAAAAAAUGAGUCUCAUGCAUCAUGUAUUGCUGUAAGCCCAGAAGGAGUGGUAAGAUAUUGGCCUGAUGUAAGACAUGACCAUACCUCAAUAGAUAAACAUGUAAGCUUAGAUGGGCAAGAAUGCGACAGCCUUGUUGAGGUUGAGAAUGUUGGCUGUGUAUUUGUUACGACCACAUGUACACUCGUUCUAGUACAAUAUCGUCAAGGGAAGUAUGAGCCAGAACUAGUUUAUAGGAUUUUGAAGACCCCUGGCAGUUGGUUUGGAGGUCUGAGUAAAAGAGUUUCAUCAAUAUUUUUUGGCCCAUUGGCUACUGAAGGAAGUGAAACUAGAAUUAUCAGGCUAUUGUCAGUGCAAGGUAUCCAACAAUCAUUUAACAUAUUUGUCCUAGCAGCUUUAAAUUUUCAAAAAUGGUUAUUAACGGAUCACCAGUCAGAACAGCUAAUUUGGUCAACAGAUCUAUCCAAACCCUUAAAAGAAUCUUUCAGGGCUCAUGUAAGCCACUGGGAAAUAGUUGAUUAUACUGAUAUUGAUGUUUGGGUUUUGGAUAUACAACAUGAUAAGGAUGGAGUACUAAUGUUGUGUGCUGGUGUUAAUAUGCAAAUAUCAUCCACACAGCUUUAUUAUGGCUUAGUAUCAUUUGCAACAAAUACUGCUUCACCCCCAACUGAAACUAAAGACUUCUUAUUACUGUCAAUAAUGGGUCUAUAUAAUGAAGCAAAUCCUGGAGAAGCUUUGAGUUAUAGGUUUACCCUCUCAGGACCAAAUGCCUAUAUUUAUACUAACAGAACUAUAACUGUUGUUAAGCCUCAGGAGGAGGCUGAUAAGCUGGAUUUUCUUCACCCCGAUGAUCAUAUUUUUAGUGGCUGUUCGUGUCUCCAUGUACCCAUUUUCUUUUCCAAACAUUAUGGUUUAGUGGCGAUUCUUGCAGUAGAUUCAGACUUAAACACAACUAUGUCAUCCACAUCUAUACUUCUUGAGACUACAGAUGCUGAUACAUCAGUUUCUACUCCAAUGAACAACCUGACAGUAUACCAUAUGAAUCCUGAAGAAAUUUACAGAGCACAUAAUGACAUUAAGGGACAGCUCAUGGCUGCUUUUAUUUUCCAUGUUAAGAAUCAGCUGACUGAAUGUUAUGACCUGGUAAACAAACUCUUCCCAUCGGAUGUCCCGACAAUGCCCAGCUUUGAUAGCCCUUUAGAUACGACAGUCCUUCAAAUUGGAAAAGAACUUCUAGACGACAUACCUGCUGGUGAUCCACGUUGGACUCACGGCCGCAGAAUUAACAGCGGUAUUGGUAGUUCGCAUUCUAUGCUUGUCUUACAACAGCUAAGAGACAAACAAAAGGCAUAUGACUUAUACCUAACCUUCCUAAAAGAAUCUGGUUUGCGGGAUAAAUUGGCAGGGGUUAAUGUUCGAAAUACAGAAACUGCUACAAUAAACAUUUUGGCGGAAUUAGCAGAGAAAAUUGCAGCAGCUAUUAUAUUAAAAGGUCUUCCAGUAUCAUAUGUUCUUGAUAGUGCCAUGGAAAGGGCUGUGACUAACUAUAGUACUCAACCUAGUGAUGGUUUAUCUAAACAGGAUAUAUUCUUUAGAGAAAUUAGUAGGAUUCAUGAAGGCUUUUUGUGGCUGGCCAAGAUUUGUGAAGAAUGUUCACAUUCCACUUUAGGGCCUGAUUCAGUAGCCAUCCAAAUUCACGAAGGUAACAAAGUGACUUUGGCGGUUUUGACUGGGGUCUUGCAGUAUAGAAAAUCGACCGCGGAAAUUUUUACCUUGAAUGAGUUAAGUAGAGAAAUGAAAUUGGAAUAUAUUCCUUGGACUGCGGCUGAAGGACCCGAGGGUCUCGUUGAUGCCUUGAUGUUACAGCAUUCAUUAACAGUGAACUAUGGAAUCAAAACUAUUGGAGAAGGUCCUGUAAGAGAUGCGUUGAUCGACGAUUUUGUCAUGUUAACUGAUAUACUUUUGGAUGGAAAAAAAACUCACAUUAAUAUGAUUUCACAGAGAAACGACGUCAAAUCUCAAAGAGAAACUAUUUUAUUUAAACAUUUCUGUUCAGACCGGAAGAAACUCAUAAGACCAUUGGUUCAAGUGCAUGCCUAUGAGAAGGCGGCUAUGUUAGCAGAAAAAUACCUCGACUUCGAUAUACUCCUGCGAAUUUGCGAAGUGACAAAUAAUGAAGGAAGAGUGGAAGAAUAUCUGACUAGAUUUAAAGAUACCGAUUUUCCUGAAUUUGUCUAUAAUUGGUAUAUGAGUAAAGGAAAGGAAGGCGCAUUGUUAAAACGAUAUCAACAAUUCCGUGGUGACAUUCCGGAAGGUAGAGAACGUUUAGUAAACUUCUUAUCCAACUUCUCCUGGCUUAGCUGGAUUCAGCAAACUUAUGACAAGGAUUUCAGAGGUGCUGCUGAGAGUUUGUGCCUUUUAGGCGAAACAGAAAAAGAACUCGUGACUAGAAAAAAAGCCAUGUUUAGUCUUUGCAAACUGUCUAUUCUGGCAUCUUCAAGUAAGUCAAAGACUGAGAGUCAAGAGCGCGUGCAGAAAAAAGACUUAGAAGACCUUAACAGUCGAUUGAACCUCAUUCAUUAUCAGGAGCUUAUUCCUGACUAUGUGUUGCAACAAUACGGUGCCGAUCCUAAUUAUCCAAAGGUUCUCGAGCCUCGACAAAUAAUUUCCCUCUAUAUUUGUCCGGAGUACACAGAUGCCACAGAGCUAGACUUUCAUACUGCUUUAAAGGUUUCAGAGUUUAUUGAGGAUGAGGGAGAAAAAGUUGAAGAGAUUUUACGGAUUUGGAGGGCGGCUAUCUUAAGGGACUCAUGGGAAUUUUCAAACCUGGAUGACCCUAUUGACUGCCUCCAAAAUACACUUUUUUUCAGACUAGCAGAUUUUCUUGUAACCACAGGACAGGAUCCGAAUAAUAUUUUACCUCCUAUUGAAAUGCUUUUGGAGGACGACUGUGUAGAUAAAUUAAAAGGGAAUCUAAAUUUUCAGUCUUUACUUAAAACUGGAUAUGAACAUUUCCAUAGAACCCUUAAUAUUUAAUUUUUCUUAUAUAUUUUUAAUUUUUUUAUCUCAGUUCCAUAGUGCAACAAGUAUGCAACUUAUUUUCUAAAAAGAAUGGUACAUAAGUGCAAUUCUAAAUUAAAGAAAUUUGGAAAGAAAUAACAGUGUUCUGUAAUUAAUUAUUCUAGUCUUAAGCACUUGUUGCACUGGAAGAACUAUCGAUAAUUUUCGAGAUGUUAUUAAAUUUUGGUAAUAAAUUUUCC